CUGAUGCCCCCGUGGUGGUUGUUCGUAGGGCAUCGUGAAGCAGGACUCGCUGGGAUCAACCUGAACCGCAGCAACCCCAAGCUCAAGGACUUUACAUCCGGCCCAACAUCGCCCAGAAAGAGGUGCAGGGAGCGCUCGAGGCACACGGUCAACGGGUUCCGGUUCACGUCGGUGCGGGGGGACAAGGUGGACAUCCUGUACAACAACAUCAAACACGCGUGUUCCAGCCCUGUGACGGGGAGAUGAUCAUCGUGCUGCACUUCCACCUCAAGAACGCCAUCAUGUUCGGAGAAAGAGCGGCACACGGACGUGCAGUUCUACACCGAGGUGGGGGAGAUCAACCACGGACCUGGGCAAGCACCAGCACAUGCACGACAUGGACGACCUCUACGCUGAGCAGAUGGAGCGGGAGAUGCGGCACAAGCUGAAAACGGCCUUCAAGAACUUCAUCGAGAAGGUCGAGGCCCUCACCAAGGAGGAGCUGGAGUUCGAGGUGCCCUUUCCGGGAGCUGGGGUUCAACGGUGCCCCGUACCGCAGCACCUGCCUCCUGCAGCCCACCAGCAGCGCCCUCGUCAACUGCACUGAGUGGCCCCCGUUCGUGGUGACCCUGGACGAGGUGGAGCUGAUCCACUUCGAGCGGGUGCAGUUUCCACCUGAAGAACUUCGACCUGGUCAUCGUGUACAAGGACUACGCGCGCAAGGUCACCAUGAUCAACGCCAUCCCCGUCGCCUCACUCGACCCCAUCAAGGAGUGGCUCAACUCGUGUGACCUGAAGUACACCGAGGGCGUCCAGUCCCUCAACUGGACCAAGAUCAUGAAAACCAUCGUGGACGACCCCGAGGGAUUCUCGAGCAGGGGGGGUGGUCCUUCCUGGAACCUGAGGGGGAGGGCUCGGAGGCGGAGCCGGGGGACUCGGAGUCGGAGCUGGAGGACGAGACCUUCAACCCCUCGGAGGAGGACGAGGAGGAGGAGGAGGACAGUGAUGAGGAUUACUCCUCUGAGGCUGAGGAGUCAGAAUAUUCCAAGGACUCUCUGGGCAGCGAGGAGGAGAGCGGAAGGACUGGGACGAGCUGGAGGAGGAGCCCGGAAAGCCGACCGCGAGAGCCAGUACGAGGAGGAGAGGAGCGCGGGCGCGGCCGCAAGAGGAAGGGCCCCCCCGGGAGGGGCCCCCCCCGCCACGGGCCCCCCAAAAAGAAGGGAAGUAAAGGGGGGGGGACCCCCAACCCCCCCCCCCGAGAAGAUUUUGGGGUCAAAACCCCCAUUUCGGGGAGUUUUCACCCCUUUCCCCCCUGUUCCCCUGGGGGGGGGGAGGUUUGAGGGUCCCCCCAUGGAUUUUGGGAUUUUGGGGGGGGGUCCCCGUUGGAUUUUGGGGUCUCCCCCUCCUUUGUGAAAUUUCGGGGGGUUCCUCCCCGAUUUUUGGGGGUUUUCCCGAG